GUGUGUGUGUGUGUGUGUGUGUGUGUGAAGCAAGAUACCGCUGAAAUAAAGAACAGGAAGAGGAGAUAGAACAGCGCUUUCUCUGACACACUUUUUGGACCUCUCGCUGUUUUCGAGUUCCUGUUCUGUCCGUAAGCGAAAGUCCCUCUCAUGGGCAAAGUGAAGGGCAAGUCUGGGACCUUGGCUCGGAGGCCAGACAACUCGGCUUUCAAGCAGCAGAGGCUACCUGCCUGGUCUCCGAUGCUCACGGCUAACACUGUGCUGCCUUUCUUCUACCUAAUGUCUUUGAUAUGCAUGCUGCUGGGAGUAUGGCUGCUUCUUACAGUGCAGAGCACACAGGAAAUAAAGCUGGACUACACUGAGGCCGGGACGUGUAAUAUAUGUUUUGAGAAGCGUGAAAAUGUGAACUAUGCAGCACAGCCCUGCAGCUGCACGGUGGUGUUCAAUAUUGACAAAGCAUUCAAGGGAGACGUCUUUUUCUACUAUGGCCUCCGAAACUUCCAUCAGAACCUCCGCAGAUACAUGGACUCCAGAGAUGAUGGACAGACAGUUGGCAGGAAGAAAAACUUAAAGAACCCAAGUACAUACUGCGAACCCUUUAUUAAAGACCAAAAUGGACUCCCCAUCGCCCCCUGUGGUGCUGUGGCCAACAGCAUCUUCAAUGACUCCUUCACUUUCACGUAUGGUGGUCCCACUGGUCCUCGAGUCCAGGUCCCUCUGUUACGGAAGGGCAUCACCUGGUACACGGACAAAAAUGUGAAGUACCGCAACCCAAAGAAUGAAAACAUGACCCUGGCUCAGGUGUUUGAAGGCACAGCAAAGCCCCUGUACUGGCAGAAGCCUGUGUAUGAACUCGAUCCCCUCGACCCGACCAACAACGGCUUCAUCAAUGACGACCUGAUCGUAUGGAUGAGAGAGGCAGCCUUCCCCAACUUCAAGAAGCUCUAUGGGGUUUUAUACCGAGCCCAGAAACCCUUUAGUAAGGGUCUGCCUGUUGGGAACUACAGCAUCGACAUAUCCUACAACUUCCCAGUGCAGUACUUCCGAGGCAGAAAGGAAGUGGUGCUGACCACGCUGACCUGGUUUGGAGGUCAGAACCAUUUCCUGCCCGUUGCCUACCUCGUAACCAGCUGCCUGAUCCUCCUGAUAGCCAUCGUCCUCACGGUGGCGUGGUACAAGUUUGGGAAGAACGGGAGGAACAUGGAGGAAUGAUGGGGUAAGAUGUGUUCCAGGAUUAUGAGGAGCGAAGAAUUCACCAGCAGCUGAAAAAAGUGAUAAUCGUCGUGCUGAUUAGAAGACAACAAAUCUGAAAUGACAAGAAGGUUGAUGCGAGUGGAUGAAAGGUUAAGGAUAAUGGUUUUAAAAAAGUUAAUUUGGUUCAAAACCACAGCAACAUGUGCUGGAAACAAUUGAAGACAAAAAAAGUCUGACAUCUGGAAAAUGACUUUCCCUAUCAGCUAAAUGAGCCACAUGUGUUAAAGCUUUUAUUGUGAUGAUGUUGCUCUGAAUAACCCACUGAAAUAAAGGUGUUAGUGGAGGCUUCAGGCUUUCUUCA